AUGAGAACAUUUAUUAAUUCACCAUUAGAUCAAUUUGAGAUUCAGCUAGUAAUAGGAUUUCAACUACCAUUAAUGAAUUUAAGUAAUUUAAAUAUUACAACAUUUACUAUUUUUAGUAUAAUUUUAUUAAUUGUUGUAUUAUUUUUAUAUUUAUUACCUAAUAAUAAUAUUAUUGGUAAUAAAUGA